UGGUUGGUAUUUUCUUCCUAAUCCAUCUCAACAAUCGCGCUUAAUCGCCGUUAAUAAGAUAAAUAUUGAUUUGUCGUUUUGUCGAAUGUUUCUCGGAUACAUAUCCCAUUCAUUAUCAUUAAUAGUUUCCGUGAAACUUAAGCAGAUAAACUAGUAAAUUCAUCCGCUGCAAGCAUGGGUCGUGUCAGGACCAAAACCGUGAAGAAGGCUUCGCGCCUCAUCAUCGAGAAGUACUACACACGGCUGACCCUUGACUUCCACACGAACAAGAGGAUCUGCGAGGAGAUCGCUGCUGUGCCCAGUAAAAAGCUCAAAAACAAAAUCGCCGGGUUUGUGACUCAUCUGAUGAAGCGCAUCCAGCGUGGUCCUGUGCGUGGCAUCUCCAUCAAGCUCCAGGAAGAGGAGAGGGAGCGAAGGGACAACUACGUCCCAGAGGUGUCCGCACUGGAACAGGAUGUGAUCGAGGUGGACCCAGACACCAUGGAGAUGAUGAAGGCUCUGGAGAUGAACAACAUCCCCGGCCUCCAGACAACACCACUGGGACCCUUCAGGGGUGGACCGCGCAACUGAGCUCUCGUAAAAAUAAAUGGGAUAAAACCUC